CCCCCCCCCCCCACCGCCCCCUAUUUUUCUCCCUCCCACCUCUUUUUAUUUUGCCCUCGGCUCGGCUCGGCUGCCCCUACACUCCUCCUUCCUUCUUCCUUCUAAUUCAAUCCCCCUUUUGCUUUUCAGCUUCCAGAAUAUACAUCGACCAUCAAAUUAAACCAUGGCCAAGCUGGUGGUGGAAGUUCUCGACGCCGGCGAUCUCAUGCCCAAAGACGGCCUAGGCUCGGCCAGCCCCUUCGUGGAGGUGGACUUCGACGACCAGCGGCAUAGAACCCAGACCAGAACCAAAGAUCUCAACCCGCAAUGGAACGAGAACCUCGUUUUCGACAUCAAAGACCCCAUACAGCUCCCCGACCAGACCAUUGACGUCGUCGUCUACAACGACAGCAAAGUCGGCCACCACAAGAACUUCCUCGGCCGCGUCCGAAUCUCCGGCGCUUCCGUCCCCUCCUCCGAGUCCGAAGCCAUGGUCCAGCGUUACCCGCUCGACAAACGCGGCUUGUUUUCCCGUAUCAAGGGCGAUAUUGCGCUCAAAGUCUACUCCGUUCAUGGCCAAUUCGGUCCGCCGAAUGGCCAGAUUCAUGCCGACGCCAAAGAGGCGCCGCCGCCGCCGCCGCCGUUGCAAGAUAUAAACUUCAAUUCGAAUUCGAGUUCCGAUUUCAGUACCAAUAUCAGCAGGAAGCUUGAUCACGACGAUGAAGGGGAGUCCAAGAAGAAGAACAAGAAGAAGGAAAAAGAAGUCAGGACCUUUUACUCCGUCGGGAAGGGUCCGGCUCCGGCACCGGCAGCUCCAAAGCCGGCUAAUGUUGAAGCGAGAGCUGACUUUGCCCAGGCAGGACCAGCCAACGUCAUGCAUAUGCAGUUUCCGGUGCCGGGGAUGAAGCCGCCGGAAUUCGGCCUGGUGGAAACCAGGCCGCCGGUGGCCGCCCGGAUGCGCUACCGCGGCGGCGACAAGACGGCGAGCACCUACGAUCUGGUCGAGCAGAUGCACUACCUGUAUGUCAACGUGGUGAAAGCCAGAAAUCUCCCGGUCAUGGACAUUUCCGGCAGCUUAGACCCCUACGUAGAAGUGAAGCUCGGAAACUACAAAGGCGUGACCAAACACUUGGAGAAAAACCAAAACCCAGUUUGGAACAAAGUCUUUGCCUUCUCGAAACAGAAUUUACAGUCCAAUGUGAUCGAAGUCACAGUGAAAGACAGAGACAUCGGAAAAGACGAUUUAGUGGGCUGGGUUCUGUUCGACGUUGCAGAGGUUCCUCUCCGACUCCCACCGGACAGUCCACUGGCCCCUCAGUGGUACAAACUGGAGAACAAGAAACGGGAUAGAGUUCAGGGCGAGAUUAUGCUGUCUGUUUGGAUUGGAACUCAAGCGGAUGAAGCUUUUCCAGAGGCCUGGCAUUCGGAUGCUCACGAUGUCAGCCAACACAACCUUGCCAACACAAGAUCAAAGGUCUAUUUCUCCCCAAAGCUUUACUAUCUUCGUGUUCAUGUCAUUGAAGCGCAGGACCUCGUCCCCAGUGACAAGAGCCGGCCACCGGAGACAUUCGUGAGAAUUCAGCUCGGGCACCAGACCAGAGUCACUAGGCUAUCGCCGGUGAAACAUGUGAAUCCGACUUGGAAUGAUGAACUCAUGUUUGUGGCGUCCGAGCCCUUAGAAGAAUUAAUGAUCAUUAGUGUGGAGGACAGGGUUGGACCCGGAAAGGACGAGGUUCUAGGCAGGCUGCUGAUUUCGGUUAGGGACAUUCCGCCAAGACUGGAUUCCUACAAGUUCCCGGACCCUCGCUGGUACAAUCUCCACAAGCCGGCUUUUGCAGAGGAAGACAGCGGCAAGAAGAAGGAGGCGAAAUUCUCUAGCAAGCUCCACCUUCGCCUCUGGUUGGAUGCCGGCUACCAUGUUCUGGACGAGUCUACACACUUCAGCAGCGAUCUUCAGCCGUCAGCGAAGCAAUUGAGGAAGCCCAGCAUUGGGAUUCUUGAGCUUGGGAUAUUGAGUGCCAGGAAUUUGCUGCCUAUGAAGAGCAAAGACGGGGGUAGUACUGAUGCCUAUUGCGUGGCCAAGUACGGGAACAAAUGGGUUCGAACAAGGACGCUUCUCAACACCAUGAAUCCCCAAUGGAACGAGCAGUAUACUUGGGAAGUUCACGAUCCCUGCACUGUGAUCACCAUUGGAGUUUUCGACAAUUGGCAUAUCAACGGAAGUAGAGAGGAUGCCAGAGAUCUUAGGAUUGGGAAGGUGAGAAUUCGACUGUCGACUUUGGAGACCGAUCGAAUUUAUACCCAUUACUACCCAUUGGUGGUUCUUCAACCUUCCGGUUUGAAGAAGCACGGGGAGCUUCACUUGGCGCUUAGGUUCACCUGCACGGCCUGGAUGAACAUGGUGGCUCAGUACAGCAGGCCAUUGCUGCCCAAAAUGCACUAUGUGCAGCCCAUACCUGUGAGGCACAUCGACUGGCUGCGCCACCAGGCGAUGCAGAUAGUAGCGACGAGGCUGUCGAGAUCAGAGCCGCCACUCCGGCGAGAGACGGUCGAGUACAUGCUGGAUGUGGAUUACCACAUGUGGAGCUUGAGGCGGAGCAAGGCCAAUUUUCACCGCAUAAUGUCACUGCUCUCUGGAAUCUCAGCCGUCUGCCGCUGGUUCCAUGAUGUCUGCACCUGGAAGAACCCGGUCACCACCUGCCUUGUUCAUGUCCUGUUCUUAAUUCUCGUCUGCUACCCGGAACUGAUUUUGCCAACAAUUUUCCUGUACCUGUUCGUGAUCGGCCUCUGGAACUACCGGUUCAGGCCGAGGCACCCGCCCCACAUGGACGCGCGGCUGUCGCAGUCAGAGAACGCGAACCCCGAUGAGCUCGACGAGGAGUUUGACUCAUUCCCGACUUCCCGGCCACCGGACCUUGUCAGGAUGAGGUAUGACAGGCUGAGGAGUGUGGCCGGGAGGAUACAGUCAGUGACAGCAGACUUGGCAACACAAGGGGAGAGGGCUCUGGCCAUACUAAGCUGGAGGGAUCCAAGAGCUACGGCUAUAGUGAUUAUCAUCUCAUUGAUCUGGGCUGUGAUCCUUUAUGUUACUCCGUUUCAGGUCAUUGCAGUGCUGCUCGGGCUUUACUUGAUGCGGCAUCCCCGCUUCAGAAGCAGGAUGCCUUCAGUGCCUGUCAAUUUCUUCAAGAGAUUGCCUUCAAAGUCAGAUAUGCUUCUAUGACAUGGACAAAUUAGUCAUCCGCCCAUCAUAUAUAGAUAGAUAGAUCUUUAUUUUUCUGUGAAUCAGAAAGACUGUUCGGUAAAUAAAAUUUAAAUCCAGUAAGAUUAUCAA